UUAAGCGAAACCGCUGCAGUACAUCAAUUACUGCACCGCAAGCUCCCUCGCGCGACGCUCUUACUAUGUAAUAAAAAAAAAAUCGAAAAUCGCGUACAAUCGAAAUGUUACUGGUCACGAUCGUAGGGCUGGUGGGCUUGGUAGCAGAAGGCCAAUUCUGGCCCAACCACCAGCGCAGGCAGCAGCCCGGUCGGCUCCAGCUCAAAGCGGCCCUGGACCUCAAGAACAGGAUCAAACAGCGGUUCGACAUCGUCAGGAUGUGGAACACCCAGUCGAUUUGCUACGACGAAGUGGGAUGUUUCUCGCUACCUCACAAAAACUCCCCGUUGCAAAAGAUGCCGGAGGACCCGCGGGUUUUGAACACGAAAUUCUAUUUGUACACCAGACGAACGGACUUCGCCCAGCCGGAGAUACUGAUGUACGAUGAUGGAGGGAAGAGCCUCAACGGGUCCACGUUCGAUGCCCGUCGACCGCUGAAGGUCCUGGUGCACGGCUACACCAGCAAAUGGAACGAAAAGGGCGCCAUGAUCAUAAUGAACACCUAUUUGAAAUUGGUGAGU